GCAUGAUCUCCAAACAAAUCUAACUCAUAUUUUCGUUACUUCUCUUUUCUAUACAAAAUUUAAGAACCUUUCUUUUAAUCAAAGUAUGGACGCAACUUCUUUAGAUGAGAGUACAACAACUGAUUCCACAUCUAUUUCUCCACCAAUUUUUAAUCCUUUUCCACCGACAAAAUCGUCAACUGAGAGUCCUUGCCGAGUCGGGAGUGGCGCCAGUGCUAUUUUGGACUCUGAAAAUGGCAUCGAGGCAGAGUCAAGAAAGCUUCCCUCGUCUAAAUACAAAGGAGUUGUGCCACAGCCAAAUGGCCGAUGGGGUGCUCAGAUAUACGAGAAGCACCAGCGGGUCUGGCUUGGGACCUUUAAUGAAGAAGAAGAGGCUGCAAAAGCCUAUGAUAUUGCUGCCCAGCGUUUUCGUGGGCGUGAUGCCGUCACCAACUUCAAACAAACGGCGGAAGCCGAAGAGAAUGACUUCGAAAUUGCCUUCUUGAACUCUCAUUCGAAGGCGGAGAUCGUUGACAUGCUCAGAAAACAUACAUACAAUGAUGAGUUUGAGCAAAGUAAGAAAAAUUACGGUCUUGAUGUCAACGGGAAGAGAAUAAAAGUCGACGGUGGUGUUAAUUCUUUCGGUUCGAACCGGGUCUUCAAAGCCCGUGAACAGCUUUUCGAAAAAACAGUUACGCCUAGCGACGUCGGGAAGCUGAACAGAUUGGUCAUCCCAAAACAACAUGCGGAAAAGCACUUCCCUUUACAAAGCGGAAGCACUUCCAAAGGAGUGCUUUUGAAUUUCGAAGAUGUCACCGGUAAAGUUUGGAGAUUUAGGUACUCGUAUUGGAAUAGCAGCCAGAGUUACGUCUUAACAAAAGGGUGGAGCCGUUUCGUGAAGGAGAAAAAUUUAAAAGCCGGGGACGUGGUCAGUUUCCAGAAAUCAACCGGAUCGGAUAAUCAACUGUAUAUAGAUUGGAAAGCAAGAACCGGAGCGAGUUUUGAGUUGGAGAAAGCCGUUGAACCGGUUCAGAUGAUGCGACUAUUCGGAGUCAACAUAUUCAAAAUACCUGCGAAUGGUGGCGACAAGAUGAAUAGUGGGUGUAACGGGAAGAGAAUGAGAGAAAUGGAGCUGUUGUCAGUGGAGUGUAUUAGGAAACAAAGGAUGAUCGGAGCUUUGUAACAUUUAAUUUACUUUAGUUUUGGUUUUUUUUUAAGUCGCUGUUUUUUGCUUGGAAUUUUGUGAAUGUUAAAAGGUGCAAUCCAAGGGAGGCGGGGGGGAUAAGUGUGAAGGAGGUGUAGCUGCAAGUUGCAAAAGUUGAAUUGUAAAUUAAAAGACAAAAAGCUGAAAUUAGGUGUAACAAGAAGUUUAAAAUUUUUUUUUUUAAAAAGGAAAAAAAAAUUAGAAAUGGAUAUGUGGUAAACAAUUGUUCUUUUGA